AUGGCAGACCCAAGGGUUUCUCGCUUCUGCCGGCAAUGUCUACAGUUGGAGCCUGCGCCAGAGUUCCCGAGUGGCGAGCUGCUCCGCGACGAAGAAGUGCAGGAAGCACUCUAUGAGCGCUUGUUCGCGGCUAAGGAGACCACCUUGCCACAGAGAUACCAACUGAGAAUCCUGAAAGAGUUGGUUGCUCGGAUCGAGUCUUCAAUAGUGGACUGGGACAAGCAUGGCAUCUCGAACAACCUGAUGUCUGCCAUGUCAAGGCUGCUUUCGCUAUCGUUACCGCCUGAGACGGCAGCUGCGCAAGAGAGGUAUUCUGUGACCUACUACCUGUCUCCUCUUGAGACAGAGCCAGCCGCGUCUGACCCGCACAUUACCCUUCUGGAAUCCCGAUUUCUCAUUUCGGCCUCAGGCACCACAGGGCUGCGGACAUGGGAAGCAGCGUUGCAUCUAGGACAAUACCUCUGCUCUAACCCAUCCCUCGUCAAGGGCAAGCGCGUCCUAGAACUUGGUUCUGGAACGGGUUAUCUGGCAGUACUUUGCGCCAAGUACCUCGGGUCGGAGCAUGUCAUUGCGUCGGAUGGCUCGGACGAAGUUGUGAGGAUGCUGCCAGAUAGCUGCAUCCUCAAUGGUCUUGAAGGAACCGAAAGGGUCUCAGUCAUGGAGCUGAAUUGGGGCCAGGACUUAGGCGGCAGCGAUGGAGAAGUAUCUCAAGGGCUGGCCGAUCUAGACACGGUUCUCGGAGCCGACAUCACGUAUGAUGCGAGUGCUAUUCCGCCUCUUGUUGCGACGCUGUCGGAGCUAGCGCGUCUUUCGCCGGGGAUCUCGAUACUGAUUGCUGCGACUGAGAGAAACAGGACGACCUUUGAGAGUUUCUUGGACGCAUGCAGGCAACGAGGAUUUGCCGUGAGUUACGAGGAUUUUGCAGUACCGUCAAAAGCUAUGCAGAACGGGCCGUUUUACAAUGACGCGAGCCCUAUACAUAUAUGCAAAUUGAGUGUUUGA